GUACAUCCACGCCCUCCGUUAUGUGAUGAAUCCCCCUGCACCGCCUGCCAUCAUGGCAGACAGUGGACGCGAGAGGGUGUUCGACAUCAUGAACUUCGUGUUCACUUUGGUUGUCAUUGGCGGCACUGUUUCCAAGAUUUCGGGCACCUUGGCGGAGCUGCGUGCAAUGAAUGAGUCCCGCGCGCGGCAGAGACGGGAGAUACGGGUGUAUCUGAGCCAUCAAGACGCAUCGUUCGAGCUCGUGUCGCGCAUCAUGAGGUUUGUGGACUACAAGCUGGAGAAGAAUACUCCAAUAUCUUUCGACAGCACAUUGAUUUCCCUCACUCUUCAGACGGAGCUCUACGUGAACCAAAGAGGCAAGUUUCUCGAGUCUGUUCCAAUUUUCGGGCUGACCAAGCAAGCCUAUCCUGACUGCUUCGCCAGCAUUUGCGCUACCCUGGUCAAGAACGUCUUUGAGAAGAAGGAAUGCGUUUUUAUGGCCGGAGCUGUGGCAACUUCCAUGUACCUGACCGCCACGGGUACGUACAGCCACCUCGAUAGCGAUGCCUCGGAGGAGAUCUUCACAGGAGAGCAUUGGUUUGAAGAGAUGAGCCUCUAUGCUGAAAGCUUGGUUCAUCACUCGACGUUAACCGCCAAGACUUUCGGUGAAGUCUUCACCCUUGACGGAAAG